CAAUUACCAUCGGAAGCGCUCAUAGAAAACAACCCUUGAAUAUCGACUCAGUAUACACUGUACACGGCGAAUCUUGUAUUGGAAUCAUUAUCAUUCGAUUCCUUGUAUCUCUAUUAACAAGAAAGGAACAUGGCGAAAAGUGGUGGUAGCCGUGGGAAUGGAUCUUUGGCGGUUAAAAAGGAAGCAUCAAAUCUGGUUUUACCUCAGAAACGUAAUGGAAGAGCAACUUCCUCUUCUUCUAAUAAAAAGCUUAAGAUCAAUGGUAACCAUAAAGACGGAUUGCCAGAGCACGAAGAAAGACUUGCCCGCGCCAUAGCCGAUUUCAAUCUAUCGGUUAAUGAACUAUUUCAAUUAAAAGAAUAUCUGUCUAUAAUAAGUUGGAAUCCCAGUGAUUUUUCAAAAUGCCUGAAUACAAGAUCGCAAUUACCUGAAAAUUAUAACUUUUUCAUUUCAGAUAAUGACUAUCUUUUAAAAUGGUCAAAUGAAGAUGAAGACUUGGAUAGUCUACCUUUAAGAUUACAGAAAAAAGUCAUUGCUGAAAGAGAAGCAAAAAUAUUGGAAAAAUAUCCUUUGAAAGACCAAGUAGUCAACAGAAGUAUUGAAAUUGAAAAGCAAAUAUUGAAUAGCUUAAAUGAUCAUGAGUCGUCCGAGAGUGAAGAGGUUGAAGUUAAAGAACCAUCGCGUCCGCAAAGAAGGAAGCCAGGACCCAAACCCAAACAAAAGUUGGAGCCAAUUGAAGCAGAUGAUGACAACGAAAGCGAAGAGCAUUCUGAAGAAGAUGGGGAGGAUGAGGAGGAUGAGGAGGAUGAGGAGGAACAGCCCAGAAGCAGACGUGGGAAUUAUAGGGCCCCUUCACGCUCUAUCAGAGGUAAGCGUGCUAAAAUUACUUCUCCGGUAAGUCGAAGAAGGGGAUCAUAUCGCAAGUCAAAGAAAGAGGCGGCAGAACACGAAAUUGACAAUGAAAGUGAACUGUCUGAAGAAGACCCAGGAACUAAUUAUAAAGUUACAUUCAAGUAUAGCAUACCGCCUCAAAAAAUAACUCAUCCAUCCCAUAUCCCUUCUUGGUCCCCCGACCAGUCACAGGAAAAUACCAUUAAUGAAGAAACAUUGCAUGCUCAUGAAAAUGAUCUAAUAACCGACCCUAUCGAUGAAAAACAAAAUAAGAUUAUUGAUUUCCAUCCUAAGCCAAUACAAGUAAUUGCCAAACCUCCUGAUUCGAUAUCUGCUCCGGAAGUAGAAGAUCGUAUUGCAAAUUUUUUAAAUAAUAAUUAUAGAUUUGCCAUCAUCGAUGAAGCUAAUACUCUUGAUUAUAAUAACACUCCAGAGGAAUACGAAAGAAUAAUGGAUCAACAAAAGCACUUGUUGAAACGCUUGUAUGAAAAGGUAAUGGUUGAACAACGGUUUGAAUUAAAUGGUGAUAAGAUUGAAAGACGUAAAACAGUAAUUCCUCAUACGUCUAAUACGAGACUCAUCCAGGAUCCAUUUCGUGAAACUGGUACCCUUUCACCACGGAUUCAAGGUGCCGCCAAUAACCUUACGCACAAUGAUUAUUUAAUCAAUCAAGGUAUGGCUUUUUCAGGAAUUCAUCAACAAAUUCGUAAACAACAUCAAUUAAGAACCAGAAAAGUGGCUCAAAUGAUUGAACAGCACUUCAAAAAGAAGAAAGGUGAAAAGGAUCGCUUGAUUCGUGAACGUGAACAAAAUUUGAAAAAAAUUAGUAGAAUCGCUAUUCAAGCGGUUAAAAAAAGAUGGGGACAAGCUCAAAAAGUAUAUCGUUAUCUCCAAUUACAAAAAGAAGAAGAAUUGAAAAAAAUCAAAGGAAGAGAACAUUUAAGUCAGAUGUUAGAGCAUUCAACUCAAUUGUUAGAAGCUCAAUUACAUAAAUCAGCUUCCAAGGAAAAUUCCCAAAGCCCUCAAAUUGAGAAUAGCGACAAUGAAGAAGGAAAUUCGGAUUCCAGUGAUAAUAUGAGCUCGUCCUCUUCCAGUGACGAAUCAAAUGUUGAUGAAAAAAGUGAUCUUUCUGGAAAGGAAGACAUAAAUUUAACGAUUGAAGAAUUAAAGAAGAAAUAUGCUAACUUAGAAUCUUCUGUUGGUCCUUCAUCUUCUGCUGCAGAAGAUUCGAGUGAUGACAGAAACCUCAAUGGUGUUCAAAACGGACGCACUUCAGACGACCACUACUCAGAUGGUGACAGCGAUGAUGGUAGCAGUGUCGAUGAAAAUGCAGGACUUUCUGCUAUCUACGGUAAAGACCUUAUAACCAAAGAGGCUACCCCCCUGGAUAGUAUCUUGGAAUUCACGGAUGAACAAAAGAAGCGAAUCGAAGAACUAAACAGAGAAGAAGGAACUAAUCCAGUAUUGGACUCGGAUUCUGCAUCUGAUUCGGGUUCAGAAUCCGAUAUUGAAUCUGAAGACCAAGAUGCUGGCAGUAAUUCUGACAUAUCUGAGUCGGAAGAAAAUAGUAAAUCUGGUUUAGCCUCUUUGGUUAGAAAUGGUGCAAUAGACAGUGAUGAAGAUGCUGAUAUGAGUUCAGCUGAUCUAAAUGAAGCAAGUGAAGAAGACGAACAUAUGACAACCACCGAUGAAGAGGAUGAACCAACAACUCCAAAAUCGCAUUCUCCUUUGCCAGUUGAAAAGGAGCCAGAAUCAGAGGCCGCCGAGGAAGAAAUAAAUGGUACCAGAGUUAAAGAUGUUCCGGUGCCCUCACUUCUUCGUGGUACUUUAAGACCGUACCAAAAACAAGGUUUGAAUUGGUUAGCAAGUCUUUAUAAUAAUAACACUAAUGGUAUCUUGGCUGAUGAGAUGGGUUUGGGUAAAACGAUCCAAACAAUAUCUUUAUUGGCGUACUUAGCAUGUGAACAUCAUAUCUGGGGACCUCAUCUAAUUGUUGUUCCAACGUCGGUUAUGCUUAAUUGGGAAAUGGAGUUCAAAAAAUUUGCUCCUGGUUUCAAAGUUUUAACUUACUAUGGAUCACCUCAACAGAGAGCUCAAAAAAGAAAAGGAUGGAAUAAACCAGAUGCCUUUCACAUUUGCAUUACGUCAUAUCAACUAGUUGUUCACGACCAUCAAUCAUUCAAAAGACGUAAAUGGAGAUACAUGAUUUUGGAUGAAGCUCAUAAUAUCAAAAAUUUCAGAUCUACUCGUUGGAGAGCACUUUUGAACUUCAAUACGGAAAAUAGAUUGUUGUUGACGGGUACUCCAUUGCAAAAUAACUUGAUGGAAUUGUGGUCUCUAUUAUAUUUUUUAAUGCCUUCCUCAAAAGUGAGUCAAGCCAUGCCGGAUGGUUUUGCCAAUCUUGAAGAUUUUCAAACUUGGUUUGGUAGACCUGUGGAUAAAAUUUUAGAACAAACCUCAGCUGGAGGUGGUGAUGUUAUCGAUGAUGCAAGUUCAACAUCUAAAAUGGACCUUGAAACGAAAAAUACUGUUUCAAGAUUGCAUCAGGUUUUGAGACCUUACUUGCUUCGUCGUUUGAAGAAAGAUGUUGAACAACAAAUGCCGGGCAAAUAUGAACAUAUUGUGUACUGCCGUUUGUCAAAAAGACAAAGAUAUCUUUAUGAUGAUUUCAUGUCGAGAGCAAAGACCAAGGAAACAUUGGCGUCAGGUAAUUUUUUAUCCAUUAUUAAUUGUUUAAUGCAAUUAAGAAAGGUCUGUAAUCAUCCUGAUUUAUUUGAAGUAAGGCCUAUUGUCACUUCUUUUGCUAUGCCUACCUCUGCUGUUACAUCAUACGGCUCAAAUGAAACGUUGGUCCGAAAGUUAUUAGCUGGUAAGGAUUAUGAAUCAAAAGUUUCGUUAGAGACUCUCAACUUGGAUGUUUCACAUAAGGACCAUAUAAACUAUUUUGUUUCUCAGUCUACUAAUAAAUUGAAAGCCUCUAGUAGUUUUGAGAAACAGAUUGAAGAAUUAGACAAGUUGCUUCUUCCAGGAGAUUUCUCGAAAAAGCCCGAUCUUGAUAAUUAUCUUGAAUAUUAUAAAUUUAUAAAGGCGGAUAACCAAAAUGAAGUUCGAAGUAAGUUAAAUCACAUAUUAUAUCUUAACACCCUUCGUUGCGACCGUGGGCCUUUGUAUGGGGAAAGGUUAAUAGGCAUGUUGCAACAAGCUUCCUUGAAAAAAGAUCGAGUCGCAGACCUUCCACCCGGAUUAAUUUUGAAUCUUGAUGAAAGAAUUGAGCGUUUAUCGGAUACGAUUGAUAAAUACUCCAUAUUAACUCCUACAGCUGUUGCGUUGGAUAUGAAAGAUCAGUUGAUCCCGGUCUCUACACAGUAUCGAAUCAUGGAGGAAGUUUCAAAUCACAAAAUUGAUAAUCCAUUUCAUAAAUCACAAGUCAAACUCUCAAUUGCAUUCCCAGAUAAGUCUUUGUUACAAUACGAUUGUGGGAAGUUACAGAAGCUUGCAUCUCUAUUACAGGACUUGACCUCUAAAGGUCAUAGGGCUUUGAUUUUCACUCAAAUGACUAAAGUCUUGGAUAUCUUGGAACAAUUUUUGAAUAUUCACGGUUAUAGAUAUAUGAGAUUAGAUGGUGCAACUAAAAUUGAAGACAGACAAUUACUUACAGAGAAGUUCAACAGAGAUAACAAAAUCCCAGUAUUUAUAUUAUCUACAAGAUCUGGUGGUUUAGGUAUCAACUUGACAGGGGCUGACACUGUCAUUUUUUACGAUUCUGAUUGGAAUCCUGCAAUGGAUAAGCAAUGUCAAGAUCGUUGUCAUAGAAUUGGUCAAAGCAGAGAUGUUCACAUCUACAGAUUUGUUUCUGAAUAUACAAUUGAAUCAAAUAUCUUAAGAAAGGCCAACCAAAAGAGACAAUUGGACAAUGUUGUUAUUCAAGAAGGUGAAUUCACAACGGAUUAUUUUGGUAAGUUUUCUGUGAAAGACCUUGUCAAUGAUACAGAGAUAGUUGGGGAUCUUCCUGAUAAACCAAUUGCUGAAAAUUCAAAUAUGGAAUCUUUGGCUCAAGCUGAAGACGAAGAGGAUAGAGCUGCUGCUAACCUAGCAAUGAAGGAAGUCCAAGUUGAUGAUGAAGAUUUCGAAGAAGAAAACAAAGCACCUACUGCUGAAGGCUCAACUUCUCAAACCCCGAGAAAUGAAGGUACACCAACACCCGUUAACAAUGGGCCUAAGGAAAACAUUGAAGAUGCCGAUUAUGAAGAAGGGGUUGGUCAUAUCGAUGAAUACAUGUUGAGGUUUAUUGCGGAUGGCUAUUAUUGGGAUUAAUCCACCCAAAGACAGUAAAAGCAUUUUUGUAUAUAUAUAUGUAUGUGUUAGGUUUAAUUUUAAGUGUAUAAUUAUUGGGUAUUAUAAGUUUUC